AUGGGCACAAAUAUGAGCGAGCCUCCCGCGAAGAAGGCCCGUCGAUUCGGCAAUGACACUGUCACCAUUAAAGUAGGCACGGGCGACCAUGUCGAAACCUUCACCAUACACGAGGCACUCUUGAAGGAACGUGGCGGCUUCUUUGCGGCCGCCAUGGACAAGCAAUGGAAGGAAGGACAAGAGCGCAAGAUCGGCCUGCCAGAGGAUGACCCCAACACCGUCGGCAUAUACAUCGAAUGGCUCUACACCAAACGACUCGGCGCAUAUACGGAUAAAGAUCACAAGCAGUGGAAUAGCAAGGACGUUGAGGAGCAAUACGACCAGCUCGUGCAUUUGUACAUCUUCGGCGAGAAAAUUCAAGAUGACGAAAUCUGUAAUCGUUGCAUCGACAAGAUCGUAGAACUCUCGGAUCUCAAAGUCACCGAUGCGGACGACGGCACUGUUGAUGCCUACUGCCUCGAUCGUAGCGCAGUGAAGACCAUAUUCCAGGGCACUCACACAGCUUCGCCUCUGAGACGACUCUGUGUGGACACCUACUUCUUGUACUCGAAAAAGUCUUGGUUCGACACCAGUGGCGAAGGACGACAUGCCGAAAGGCACCUGCUCGAGUGCCAGGGAUUCCUUCUCGAAGUUCUCCAAAAGUUUGCGACCAAUCGCGAGAGUCCCCCGGCCACGGACGCCACGAUCAAACCAGAGCAGUACUACAAGUGA